AUGCCUAUUGAUGGCCACUGCACAGAAGCCGCCGUCAGUGUGCUCUUCACGUGCCGCUACCGUAUCUCUCCAGCGGCUCUACGACUUCGCCCUCGGGGAUCUAGUCAAUACGUGCUUUGUUACAUUGACAGCAAUCUUUGCGCUGUUUGUCGCGUCUCGCUGAGCUCUGCAGAUGGCGCAAACCCCACUGACCAUCGCAAAGUUGACGCAUCUGUGACGCUAAGACGCGACUCGCGGGCUUUUAGUGGGCUACAGGAGUCUCUACUUGUUCGUAACGACGAUGCGACUUCAAGCAACACGUUACAGGACCGUGAGCUGCUGUGGAUAUCUCGUGCAGCGGUACACACCGCUGCGGCCGUCACGCUAGAGCAGCUCCCAUCACCAAACUCUCAAUUGCUGCGCGACGGAGACACUCGCUCGUUGUUACAGCAAACACUGCAGCGGAACUUUGUCGUUUGUGCAGGUGCCAGAGUGAAGCUACCGACGUUGUCUGGUCUUGUGUCGGAGAGCAGAGGCGUGGAAAACCAGAAGCACGAACAAGUGAUGAUGUUUCGAGUUGUGUCCACUUAUCCUGCUGCACCCUUCGUCCGGAUCACAUCUAGUACUCGUGUAACGCUGACGGAGCCGGUCAAGGGAGUGACGAUGGGGGGCAUGGAGGACGAGCAAGCUGCUUUGCGAGAAUUGAUUUUACUGCCAGUAGCGCACCCGCGACUGCGCUCGGAGCUAGGUGUGGAGUUUCCAAAGGGUGUGUUGCUAUGUGGACCUCCUGGUGUGGGUAAGACGCUGUUGGUGCGGUCGGUAGUGCACGAAUGUCGUCAGGUCAAGGGGGCAUCUGGAGCUACGCUAAAUCUGAAUCUACAGGUCAUCAACGGAUCUGAGAUUAUGACUAGCGGUCGUGGCGACGCUGAGCAGACUCUACGUGCCACAUUUGAGACUGCGGUGGCACAUGCUCGCAGUGCUCGUCACGCAGCCAGCGUCAUCUUUAUCGACGAGCUAGAUGCGCUCUGUCCUAAGCGUGAAGCUGCAGGUGGAGGGGCCUCAUCUUCACACAGCCGUAUUGUUGCUCAGAUGCUGACACUAUUAGACGGUGUAGAGGGCGGUCUCUCGCGUGAAAAUGUGGUUAUCGCCGCUGCCACAAACCUCCCGAACUCAAUCGACCCAGCGCUACGUCGUCCUGGACGAUUUGAUCGCGAGAUCUUCGUAGCUCCCCCAAAUACAGUAUUGCGUAAGAAGAUAUUCAAGGUGCACCUCAGUAGAACACCCUACGCCCUCAGCCAGGGCUCGCCAGAGGAGGCUGAGCAAAAGCGCGAUAAUUUUCUCGACACAUUAGCUGCGAAGGCUGUUGGCUACGUUGGUGCUGAUAUUGCUGCUUUAUGUCGUGAAGCUGCUAUGGUGGCAUCGACGCGGCAACUUGUGGCUCUUUCUCGAGAUCGUGACCUUGAACAAUGGUGGGAAGACUGGAAACGCCGAGUGGAACCUCUCAGUGCUGUCCAAAACACAACGACAACACUUGGUGCCGCUGUCGCGGGACGAGCUUGGCAUGCGAACCCAGCUGCCAUUAUUCCGUUGUGGUUCCUCGCCAAACACAAUAGCAAACAAGAUGGAGAUAAUACUGGAGAUAGGGACUAUCAACGACAGGCAGAUCGGGAGUAUUUCAGCUUUCUAUUAGGCGGUGAAGGCCAACGUACCACAACUGCGCCUUGUCAGGAAAAGGAUGAAAAGUUGCAAACCUUUGAGGUGACCAUGGCAGACUUUGACCAAGCUAUGCAGACCAUCGUACCGUCAGCUCUUCGAAGUGCCAGUGGAUUUACUAAGGACUAUGAGCGACAAGGAUGGGAUAGUAUUGGUGGCCAGGCAGAGACUAAGCUCGCCUUGCAGCAGGCGCUCGAGUGGCCCAUCAAGUAUCCACAAACCUUCUCUCGUCUAGGUGUCCAGCCACCUCGCGGUGUCUUACUUUAUGGCCCACCAGGAUGUAGUAAGAGUUCUAUUGUGCGUGCAGCGGCCCAUUCAAGUGGAGCCACGUUCCUGUCACUGUCAGCCGCUCAGGUGUUCUCACCGUUCUUCGGCGAUGCAGAAGCUGCUGUUCGUCAAGUUUUCCGUGACGCACGAGCAGCUCUUCCUGCCAUUAUCUUCUUCGACGAGAUCGACGUGAUGGUUGCCAAGCGAGAAUUUGAUGGAUCUGGUGGCGGAGAGGGCGGAACUUCUACCGCUAUGCGUGUGCUCUCCACGAUGCUCAAUGAAAUGGAUGGCGUCGAGUCCGCUGAAGGACUUUUGGUCAUCGGUGCUACGAAUCGUCCAGCUUGUAUCGAUGCAGCACUUAUGCGACCUGGUCGGUUCGAUCGCAUCCUGUUUGUGGACCUUCCAGCUGAGCCUGAUCGCGUCGAGAUCUUGCGGAUCCACUCGCGUCCGAUGCAUCUGAACGAAGAUGUCAGUCUUGAAGCUUUGGCGAGGCGUACGCCAUAUUUCAGCGGAGCUGAACUUGAGAAUUUGUGUCGUGAAGCUGCUCUACUCGCUCUUCGAGAGUCUCUGGAUGCCGUGGAAGUGUGUAUGCGCCACUUUGAUGAAGCCUUACUUGGCAUUACGCCUGUAUCUUCCAAAAAGUCCAUGCUAGACUACAUUAAGUUCGCGGAAGCUAUGGGUCAUCUGUCAUAG